UGUUGCCUUUGGCAUAACAAAAAUUGGGGCUCAAAGGAAAGCUAGUUUCUAAUACUUUCUAUCAAGUAACUUAGUUUAUGAUAAGUUUACUAUUUCUUACAUAUGCAACGGGAAAGGCAUGGUGGCAAACCUACCAGGUUGGGCACCAUUGUAUUUUUACUGGCAGUUGUCAUCAAUGUCUGAUUUUGAGGGCACAAUAGCAAGCAACAACAGGCAAGCACACCACUUGCUCCCAUUACCGUGGUAAGUAUACUGAUAUACAAACAGGGCUGCACUUAGCCUAAAACAAUUGAAGGGGGAGGGGGCUAAAAAAAAAAAAUCAAAGUAUUCUUUAACUGAACAAAGAAUAGAUUUUCAAACAAAAAGGGUAUGCAGAACUGGACUCAGUCACCACCAUCCACCAGGUAAGUAUGAGCUUGCUUUAGUCCACCAAGAUAAUUCACGACUGUAUGGUCAUUUAGUCUAGAUUUGUCUUGAUGAACUAGGGAAUAGGUUGUAUCAUCAUCUGAAGUAUCACACCUCAGUAUAUACCUGGGUACAUAUUAAAGAUGUAGCGAUUAAUAAGUAGCUCGACAUCAUAAUAUUUCUGUCAAUGAUAUGAAUCUAGAUAUGUGCAUCAUUAUAAAAUAUGUAUUUGUAUUUUUUUUAGAGAAGAGAUGGCAUCUUCGAACUUCAAUGCUUUGAAAGAGAGACUAACAUUAUUUCCACAUUCAUUUCUCCUAGAUGAAAUGAAGACACUGAAGAAGAAGAAAAAACUAAAUAUUUUGAAUCGACUACUCUCUGAAUACCAAACAAAAAACAUUUCUCUGAUAGAAAUAAACCGAAAUGAUAAUUUUAUAAGCUUUUUGUUAUGUUUGACUGAAGAUGAUGACUCGAAAGCAGACGAAAGAAACAGUGAAGUUCUCAAACGGGACAAUACCAAUAUAGUAGCACGUGCAAACCACGUGCAAUUUCUCAUACGCAAAGGUGAGAGAUUCGAAGCGGAAGAAGUUCUCAAGCAGUUAGAACAUUCAAAGGAGAAUGAUUCAAAUUACGACCGAUCAUAUGCUGAAGCACAAGCAGAAAUAGCUUACUGUUUAUCUAGAAUUUCGCCAUCAUUUUAUUUUAAAGCUGUUGAGAUUUUUCAAUUUGUCAAUGAUAAAUAUCCUGAGGAAUAUUUGUGGAAAUUUGGUGAAGCACUGACGCUCAGACGCUGUGUUUCACCAAACUGCUACACGGUGGAUUCGAAACAUGAUGUCGCAGCAAACAUCGUUAGGUGCAGCAAACUCCUUCUCGAGAUUACAAAGUGUAAAGACAAUCACCUUUGUGCUAGAGCUUGGGUCGAACUUGGUGAACUUAACAAUUAUCUUGCAAAUGCUGUCACACCUAUUGAUAAAGAUCGUCUUAAACAAGUGAGAAAAGAGGUGGAAGUUUUAGACUGGAAAGAGUGUUUUGUGCAUGCACAUAAAUUAUGUGCUGAAGACAAUUUUGUUCUUGAAAGAUGUGGCAAAUAUUUUAGAUACUGUAAAUAUUUUGAAUUAUCUCGCAAGCUGCUAGAAAAGGCAAUUGCUAUUCACCCAACAGGAUUUUCUCAUCACCAUUUAGCAUUAACACUUAAGAAAAUAGCUGAGAAUGGAGUUCCGAGAGAACAAGGUGACAUAUUUCAAAGAACACUAGGGUAUAGGCAUGGGCGAGGGUGUGGGCGUGGGCGUGGGCGUGGGCGUGGGCGUGGGCGAGGGCGAGGGUAUGACUAUGAGCGUGGACGAGGAAGACAACGUGGGAAUGGUAAUUGCUGUCAUGGCAACAAUAUUCAAACUACAAGUAAUAGGCAUGGACAGUUUAGAUCAUAUGAAGAAAAUGCCUUCAUUGCUACUUCUACACCUAUUAGAAGCAAUGCAAACCAGCUUCAACAUACACCUAGCACACAUGAAUUUAGAGGUCACCCAAAGAAGUUGUUUGGCCUUGAAGAGGACACUGAACAUGUAUAUGUUGAACCACCAGAUAGUAUUGCACAUUUCGAAGGACAAGACAGGUAUCACAGAAACGCAGUUGAACACAGCAGACGUGACACAUGGCCUCAUUAUGGAUCAUAUGGUGAUGGGUAUAAACACGUACGUCAUUAUGCAUCUCAAAGUGGCCAUCGUAAUAGCCAACAGGAGCUGCCACAAGCUGCAUUUGAAGCCAAUAGUGGGAAUGUUGUUCCAUGCAUGCAGACUGCAGCAUUGUCAAGUUCUGAAACUGGUUUGGAGUCUAUGUUCAGAAACGUGUCACUUUCUGAUACAUUUCUGAGUCAGGAACACCAUGACAACAGUUAUUCCAAAACCAGAUCUAACCGUAAUACUAGUAAGCGUCUUCACAGCUAUUUAAGAAGUCCACAACCAGGAGUGAAUCUUUCCAAAGAUGAUCCACUCAUACAGGACGCAAUCUCCCAUCUAAAUAAGUCAGUACAAAUCACAAACGAAUGCAACAUGAAAGCAUUUCUGGAUCUGGGCUAUAUUUAUGUACAACAAGAUGAUAAUGAAAAUGCUGAGAUAAACUUCAAAAAGGUAAUCCAGAACUGUAAGGAAAACGGAUCUCCAUUAGACAUGGUUACAGCGUGUGAACAACUUGGUCUUUGCUAUUGGAGGAUGAUUAAAAAUUCUUCUGGGGAAAAGGACAUGUUAAACAGGAAAGUAGAAUAUUAUCUGACAUUGGCCAUACGCACUGCAGCUGAUAUAGUUGCUGAAAUACCUUGUUUGCAGAUGACAGGUUAUGAAAAUCGGUAUGCAUUCCAAACCAUCACCAAGCUGUUGAAAAACCAGUACAGCAAAUCCAAAAACAAAACUAAACUAAAAGAGGUGGCACGUCUCUUUGAACUGCUUGGUAAAUAUAAAGAGAGUCUAGAUUUUUAUAAAGAAAUUCUUAAAGAAGAUGCUCAUGAAGCCGACAAGAUUGAAUUCUGGAAAAGGGUAAUUGAUAAUUAUCUACGAUGUGGCGACUUCACCAACGCAGUAACAAUACUAAGUCUUCUACGCUGCACCAGCCUGGCUAAUGAUAUCCCUUCUGAUCUAGUGUUUCAGGUUUACCUUACAACUGCACAUUACCACUUUGAGGACAUUUGCCUAGAUGAUGCAUACUGCUACUUACAAAGUGCUUUUAACUACAAGUUCGAUUCUAGAGGCAAGGGAGAGGAUGGUGGUUUUGACAUAAUGCUACUUUAUGAUGAAGAAGAUAAGCAUGUGCCUGCAGUUGCAAGUAAAAUCAAAAGGGUCCUGGAAGGACACACUGGAUUGGGCAUCACCAUAAAUGUGGACGAUGCUUUUGGUGCACAGCUGGAAAUAAGUGCCUAUGAGGACAUGAUGCAGGCAGUCAGAGUAAUUGUAGUGAUUUUAGGUCCUCAGCCCACUAGUCGGGCAAUGAUGCAGAGGAUCGGCAUGGCAAAUGCAGUGCAUUCAAGCCAAAAGAAUAUGACAAUCCUCUGUGUCACAACAGAACAGAAUUAUCCUGUUCAUGCACUAGCUUCUUUCAAAAAUAUGCCAGCUCCAGUUGGUCAAGAGUCAGAAUGGGUCUUGCACUUCUUCUGCCUCAUUUGUGAUUUAGAUUUCAGAAAAAUCAAGUGACCAGUUAACAGCAUUAAUAACAGUAACUGUAAAGGUCAAAGGUUAGAGCAACCAGAACGCCGCAUAUAGAUCAGCUCUCGGUAAAGUGGCAAAUUUCUUCAGUAUAUAAAAUAAAUUGGAGAAAAAUUAUAUAUCUACAGAUUCGUCAUAAUCUCGAGAAUCCGGUGAGGCCGAUAUAAUUUUGUACUUUUUGACAUUUAAUGACUUUUGAAGGAUGUUUUGAUUGUGAUUUGUACAAAACAGAAAGUAUGUGUUAAUUAUUAUGUAACUACCACAAGCCCACUAUUCCCAGUCAUUAUAUUGUGGCAAAAGAUGUUGAAGUGAAUACAAGCUCACUACAUGAUCCAAGCUUGCCUUUAUCAACUGUGUGAUGUGACUACUACAGUUACUGACAUGAGUAUGACUAAUGAUAAAAAGCAGAUGCUCAGUAGCAACUCUAACUCUGAUUCGUCACCAUAUUCGAUGUUAGGAAAACAUACAGCAUAUAAGUUUAAACCUGGCAAGAAAAAGGUAAGAAGUACUGAUGUUGAGAACACUUCACAGCUAAAUUUGACAGUCUUCAGCAUCAAACCCGGAUGAAAUGAGCAUCAUGGGAAUGAUUGCUAAAGAAUUGAAAGAGAUAGGCCUAAAUGCAAAACAAACAGAACUACAUAAAGAACUGGAACAAAUGAUAACAGAAGAGGACUUGAAAAUAAAUUUGGAACUUGUAAAAGAAUUAAAAAAAAAAAAGUUUGAUGCACAAUUAGAAAAACUUGAGUUGAGAAUUGGACACAUCGAAAUAGAAAACGAAACACUAAAAAAAGAAAACGCUCGACUAAAAAAGAAAAAUAUGGACAUAAAAGAGGAAGCCAAAAGCGCAAAUGUGGCCGCCAACAUAGCCCUAAUAAGAACAAACAACCUUGAGCAACACACUCGCAAAGACAGCAUCCAGAUAUUUGGGGUCUGUGAUGAAAAUAAAAACGAAAUGAUCGAAGAAACUACAGAAAAAACAGUGCAGGUGUUAAACAAAAUUGGAAUGACAGUAACAAAAGAGGAUGUCAGCAUUGCACACAGACUGGGACCAUUCAACAUAAACAGACGCUGGCCAAUUAUUGCUAAGUUUGUUAAAAGAACCCACAAAACUGAAGCUAUUUUAAAUCGUAGAAAGCUCAAAGGCACCGGAAUUGGUCUAAGUGAAGACUUAAUGAAACAAAAUUACACUAAGCUAUAUAAAGUAAAAUCAUGCGACAAUAUGGAAUCAGACGGGACAAAAGAUGGUGUGAUCUAUGCGAAACUAAAAUCUCAAGAUCAUACAAAACGAAUUAUUAACAUGAGUGAUUGUGUGUCUCGGUAUUGGCCUAUGCGCAAGUAACAUAAAAUAUCUUCAACGAGACAGAGACGGAGAUGGAUGGCGGGAGUCUUCUUUCCGCCACUGAAAUAUUAUUACUUUACAUCUAAAUAAGUUUUUAUUUGCUUAUGUUUGUGUUUAUACAUAUACAUUAGCUUAAACUUGUAAAUAUAUAUUCCUGUACAUACAUGUAUAUACAUAAUGUGAUCUAGGGAGUAAGGACAAUUGCUCACCGGACAAUUGCUCAUCGGACAAUUGCUCACCAAUAAAGUGAGAAAUAGGACAAUUGCUAACCACAAUAGCUGAUUUGUUUAUCAAAUUUUUUUAUAUUUUAGGUUAUGGUAUGUGUGUAAAUGGUUGGGUGGGAGUGGGAAUCUCUGAUAUUAUCAGUGGGUAUGGUAACCUCAGUUUAUUAAACACCUUUAAAUAAAAUAACAAAAUUAAUUCUAAAUCAGCUAUAUUUUAAACAAGUUCAGCACAUCAGUUCAGCAUAGAAAUGUCAGUACAAGAGUUCUUGAACAGCACAUUAUAGUUCAGCACAAAUGAAUAUUGUGGGAGAUAUUCCGAAGGAAAUCUCCCAGUCCCCUGUUUCCAUCAGCAAAAUCCCAACACAAAUUCUGCAGUCUGCUUUGCAUCUGCUGAGUGGACCUCUUCACCCUCUUCCUAGGUGGUUCACCUCGCUGAUGUUGGAAGAUGAGGGUGGAAACCAGUGCCUGGUCUUUGUGGAAACCAGUGCCUUCUAAAAAUUCUGUUAUUUUUUAUUAAUAAAAUAAUAAAUAAAAUUUUAUUAAAAAAAAAACCCUAAAGGUGAGCAAUUGUCCUAUUUCUCACUUUAUUGGUGAGCAAUUGUCUGGUGAGGUACUGUCCAGUGAGGUAUUGUCCAGUGAGCAAUUGCCCUACAUUCGUGAUCUAGGCAUACAAUACGCCCUAGGGCUCUUUUUUUAUUUAUUUAUUUAUAUUUUGACUUUUUCUUAGUUACAGUAUUUCCACUUUAUUUGUUACUGUUAUUAUAUAUAUCUUUGCUAUUAUAUAUAUAUAAUUAUGUAAAUAUUAAUAAUCUGAAAGCCUGCGAUGAAGUACUGAAGAUGAUAGGUAACUUAGACUUAAUAGAUAUCUGGAGAGACCAUAACCCUGAAUUGCAAAAUUUUACAUGCAGGAGAAACACCCCAUUAAAACAAGCCCGAUUAGAUUUGUUCUUGAUAUCGGACUCUCUAAACUCUGAUGUGACAUAUUCAAAAAUAUACUGUGGGUAUAGAACCGACCAUUCCAUGAUUAGUCUUAUUUUCGAAUUCAGUGAAAAGGAACACCGUAAUAACUAUUGGAAAUUUAAUAACUCAUUAUUACAAAAUAAAACGUAUAUAGCAACAAUUAAAAAGAUUAUCUCGGAUGUUAAAUCACAAUAUGCAGCUUUAGUGUAUAACAUGGAUGCUAUGGAAAUUAUUUCAUUGGAGGAAAUUGAUUUUCAAAUUAACGAUUAACUAUUUUUAGAAGUUUUACUUAUGGAAAUUAGAGGAAAGACCAUUUUGUAUUCAUCAUAUUUAAAAAAAGAAUAUAAUAAACAAGAAGAGCAGUUAAUCAAAGAAAUAGAGAAUUUAGAAAAUAGUAAUUGUCAAGACUUUGAUACUAUAAAUUCUAAAAAGAAAGAGUUAGAACUAUUGCGUCAAAAGAAAAUGGAAGGUGUUUAUAUCGGAUCAAGAGCUAAAUGGAUAACUGAUGGCGAAAGAAUCACUAGCUACUUUUGUAAUUUAGAAAAUAGAAAUUUUAUUAGUAAAUCAUGUCGAGAUUACGAACGGUCUUCUCCGAGGAUUGUAUUUGAGUACAAAUAUUGACUAUGGCUACGUUUAUGCGAUUCGGAUGUGUUUUAUAGUGUUUAUGCAUCACCAUUCGGUCACUUACUUGAUAUUGUCUUUAUGAUGUCUUUGAUUCUGUAAAAAUAAUCCGAUAUCAUUGUUUUUACCAAUGUCAAGUUUCUCUUUUUGAAGAGUAUACUUUGAAAGUUGGUGCAUCUUGCAUCAGUAAUACAUCACAUCCUCCUCACCUCAUCAGGUGAGCAGGAUCUAGAUUGACACUUGAUACAGAUCUCCCACAUUCAAAGCAUCUUCUGAAUUUCUGACAAUGUUUCAGAACUAUUCGAUCAAAAUUCUAGAGAAGAUAGACUUUUAAAUUUUCAAUUAAAAUUUUAAAAGCAUUUAACAAUGAUUAAAAAAUUCAAACUUCCCAAAGUAUCUCUAUUAGUUUGUGUAUACUAAGUUUCAGAACUGAAGAUUGACUUCAAUUGUCAUUGUUAAAUUUGCAUUUAAAAUGUUUAAAUUUAUUUUUAAAAAUCACUAAUUCAAUAUUUCAACAAAAACAAAUCUCCAUUAGUUUGUGGACAGUUCCCCAGAGGAUCAUUUAUCACAUUUCAGAACAAUCCAAUCAAUUGUGCUUGUUUGGAAAUAAAAACUAUUUGCCAUA